UAUUACGCCGCACCUUCUAACUAGAUAGACAAGCGGACUUGAAAUUCAAACCUAAAAAUUUACACGCCAUGGAAGAUGUACUGACAGAGAUUCCGCCACCUUCGAGGUUCUUCCAGGAAGAUCUCAACAACUUCACACCUCCAUCACCACCCCUUCCCUCGCCUUUCCUCUUGCUCUCUCAAAACCCUAACGAGGCUGCAGAGCCGCCUCUUCGCCCUUCUCUCCUCAUCGUCGCCCUUUCCUCCCCAUCUCUCCAUCUUUUCCACAACGUCUCCUCCAAAACCCUAAUCGGAACCCUAGUCCUCCCCGAGAACCUCUUCUCCGGAAACUCCAUUAACCCCUCUCUCAAAGACAAGUCUUGCAACAUCUACUCUCUCGAUCGCCACCAAAACCCUAAAAGCCCAACCCUCCUCGUCUCCUUCCAGUGCCCAAUUGUCGCCGAGAGAUGCCACGCCGUGGCCAAGUUGCUCAUUUCUCAGCAGAUUGUUCCUCAGAGGGUUCUGAUUCUGGACUCGAUUCAGAGCCGGAACUUCAGAGGCAAACUUUCGAGGGAUGAGGCGGUGGCGUUCAAGCUGGAGACGACCUCGGAAAGAAAGGCCCCAUCUUUGAGCUUGGAGUACUUUCCGUCGGCCAGCGUCGUUGAUGGGUUGGGCGCGGCUCUCCUGGCUGCGUGUGAAAUCAACAACAUCAAGGCAACGCUUUGUGUGGCAUGGCCUCAAUUUGGUGCUUCAGUGCUGUCCCUGAUCAGAUCCCUCAUCUUUCCUGCGUUGGAUUUGGAUUUGAGCAUUAGCCCUGGUGUUGAUGAUUAUGUGAUUUUAGGACAAGAUAAGGAUCACCAUCAACCUUUUGAUUCCGAUUUGUAUACUUGAUGUUAAAAACUUGUUUUGGGUUCAAUGUCAAGUUCAUCUUUUGAAUGUUUGAAAAAUGUCUCUACUUUCUUUGUAAUAAUACUGAAUCUUAUGGCUAUUGCUGCUAUCUGUAAUGGCUAAAUCAAACUCAAAUCAAAGCCUGUAUUUAGUUAUGGAUGAUGAGUUCAGGAAAUUUCAUUGGAA